AUGGGCUCCAAAACAUAUGAAGGCGAGGGCCAGCGAGGCGGUAAUGAUCCGUCCAACUCAAUCAGUUCCAAUUCCGCUGGCGGAGAGCCGCGAGGCGCUCAUUUGUCCCGGGACGGCGACGGCAGUUUGGGGGAUGGCGAUGGGGACGACGGUGCCGAUGGAGACGAUAAGGCUGGCGCCGUUGCCGCCGCCUCACUGACCGAACAACAAGCUUCGUCGGAAACGACCAGCAAGAAGAAGAAACGAAGAAAGCCCAAGAAGAAAGCCUCGGCGUUAAGGCAGUCCUCGCCGCCACGGGUCCCGUUGAGUGACCUUUUCCCCACGGGCCAGUUCCCGGUCGGCGAGAUCCACGAGUAUGGCCCCGAGGGCACGGCUCGCACAACGGCCGAGGAAGCCCGAUACCUGUCUCGGAACCAUCUUCAGGAUGACAGUGUCCUCAACGAGUAUCGCAAAGCAGCAGAGAUACAUCGUCAGGUGCGACACUGGACUCGGGAGAACGUUCGGCCUGGCCAGACGCUCACGGAGAUUGCCGUGGGCAUUGAGGAUGGCGUGAGAGCGCUCCUGGACAAUGCUGGCCUUGAGACUGGGCAGUGUCUCCAGUCCGGAUUGGGAUUCCCCACGGGGCUCGCGUUGAACGAUUGUGUUGCGCAUUACACGCCUAACCCGGGCCAAAAGGACAUCGUCUUGCAAGCAAGCGAUGUGAUGAAGGUGGACUUUGGGGUCCAUAUCAAUGGCUGGAUAGUUGACAGUGCGUUUACAAUGUCGUUUGACCCAACUUACGACAACCUACUUGCCGCCGUGAAGGAUGCUACGAACACCGGUAUCAAGAAUGCCGGAGUCGAUGUCCGUAUCAGCGAUGUCAGUGCUGCCAUCCAGGAGGCGAUGGAAAGCUAUGAGGUUGAAAUCGGCGGCAAAGUGUACCCUGUGAAACCGGUGCGAGAUCUUAGCGGGCAUGAUAUCAAACGCUAUCAGAUUCACGGUGGGAAGUCAAUUCCAUUUGUGAAAAAUUCCAGCCAAACAAAGAUGGAAGAGGGGGAGAUUUUUGCCAUCGAAACAUUUGGCUCCACGGGCCGUGGCUCUACAGUGGAAGGCUUUGGCGUCUAUGGGUAUGGAAAAGACCCGAACGCACCGAAGAGGGUGACAUCCCCUCUCGCCUCGGCCAGAUCUCUGUACAAGACGAUCAAUGAAAACUUCGGCUCGAUUGUCUUCUGUCGCCGUUACCUUGAACGGCUUGGAGUUGAGCGCUACUUGGCCGGUAUGAACAGUCUUGUAAACAAUGGUAUUGUAGAGCAAUACGCGCCUCUUAUGGAUGUGAAGGGAUCAUACUCGGCACAGUUUGAACAUACUAUCUUGUUGCGAGAGUCGUGCAAGGAAGUGAUCAGCCGUGGAAAUGACUAUUGA